AUGGUUGAUUUCUAAACGUAACUCGUGUCAUGUCAAGUGUGUGACGGGUGGUCGGACCGUGUUUGUCUUGUAUAUUUUUACUUGUUGAUUUUUCUAAUUACAUUUGUUAAGUAUAACGCGGAGUGGUACGCGACAGGUUCCAGGAGAGCUAUGUUAUAGUGUGGCAAGUGGCAGCAGGUGGACGAGUCGCGGCUGGCGUGUCCGGAGCGCCGAAAGUUCAGAGUGUCGGCGCUGGUCGGGAUGGAGGACGAGGUGACGUUCCUGUUCCAGCUGGGCGUGCUGCGCGACGCCGUGGCCGCGCCGGCGCACGCGCUCACGCUCGCGCACCUCAAGGAGCUCGCCGUCAAGUUCGUGCACGAGAAGAUACCGGACAAUGGCUUGAACCGGCUGAGCGAGCGCAUCCUGCUGUUCCGCCACGACUACUGCUCGCCCAACGUGCUGCAGCUCAUCAACUCCGCCUCCGACGUGUCGGACGAGACGCUCGUCGAGAUCGUGCUCACCGCCAACCCCCUGUUCUGCGGCAGCGAGUCGGACGGCGCGCCGGCGCCGGCGCCGCUGCCGCACAUGCUGUCCGUGCACUCGUACAAGUCGCCCACCUUCUGCGACUUCUGCGGGGAGAUGCUGUUCGGGCUGGUGCGCCAGGGCCUUAAAUGCGAAGGUUGCGGGCUGAACUACCACAAGCGGUGCGCCGUGAAGGUGCCGUCCAACUGCCCGGCGGCGCGGCGGGGCUCGGCGGCGCCGCGCUCGCCCUCGCGCGCCUCCACCGCCUCGCACGCCUCCAGCGCCGCCGCCGCCGCCGCGCCCGCCGACCACGACGACUCGUUGCUGAGCAGCGCGAGCGGCAAGCGCAGCCGCUCCCCGUCCCGGAGCUCGGCCACGUGGGGCUUGUCACUGGGCAUCCCGCACACGUUCGCCGUGCACUCCUACACCAGGCCCACCGUCUGCCGGCACUGUAAGCGCCUGCUGCGCGGCCUCUUCAAACAGGGCCUCCAGUGCCGUGAUUGCCACUACAACGCACAUCGAAAGUGCUUGCCACACGUGCCCAAAGACUGCGGCGGUGAGAUACGAGAUUCACAUGGUGAAUACCAGGACAGCAGCGGUGGUAGCGAGCUUUCAGAAAGCGCACGACUUCCAGACGAGGAAUCGGACGAAGGCGGUUCCAAUGAUGGAGCGUCGAAUGAUAUUGAUGAUGAGGUGCAGCUCCGGCGGCGGCGCGGCUCGGACGGGUCGGAGCCGCAGCGCGACUCGCUGCCCGAGCGCUCCGCGUCGCGGCCCAGCAGCUCGUCGUCGUCGCCCAGCGCCAACAUCCCGCUCAUGAGGAUCGUGCAGAGCGUCAAGCACGCCAAGAAGAGAACGGGACAGAGCAUCAAGGAGGGCUGGCUGGUGCACUUCACCAACAAGGACAAGCAGAUCAAACGGCACUACUGGCGACUUGACAGCAAGUCCAUAACGCUGUUCCAGUCAGACCAGGGCUCCAAGUACUACAAGGAGAUACCUCUCAACGAAAUCUUAGCUGUCGACACAGCGCGGAUACAGCAUUCAGACGUGAUGCACUGCUUCGAGAUCCGCACAGCGAACGUGGACUACAUGGUGGGCGUGGACCCGGUGGGCGCGGGCGCGGGCGCCGGGCUCGCGCUGCCGCCGCCCGAGUCGGGCGUGGGCGCCUACCUCGCGCGCUCCUGGGAGACCGCCGUGCGCCACGCGCUGCUGCCCGUCACCGCCGUGCGCCAGCACGACCCGGAAGCGUCGUCGUCGGCGGAGCGCGGCGCGGAGAUGGCGCAGGUGUACCAGAUCCACCCCGACGAGGUGCUGGGCUCGGGCCAGUUCGGCAUCGUGUACGGCGGCCUGCACCGCCGCACGCAGCAGCCUGUCGCCAUCAAGGUGAUAGACAAGCUCCGUUUCCCGACCAAGCAAGAAGCGCAGCUCAAGAACGAGGUGGCCAUCCUGCAGAACCUGUCCCACCCGGGCGUCGUCAACCUCGAGCGCAUGUUCGAGACGCCCGAGCGGAUAUUCGUCGUCAUGGAGAAACUUAGGGGGGACAUGCUCGAGAUGAUCCUCAGUCAUGAGAAGGGACGAUUAACGGAGAGGAUUACCAAGUAUUUGGUAGCACAGAUCCUGGUAGCCCUGAAGCAUCUCCACGCUAAGAACAUUGUCCACUGUGAUCUGAAGCCCGAGAACGUCCUACUAUCGUCUGACGGCGAACUGCCGCAAGUCAAGCUGUGCGACUUCGGCUUCGCCAGGAUCAUCGGCGAGAAAUCCUUCCGGCGCUCCGUCGUCGGCACCCCGGCUUACCUCGCGCCGGAAGUGCUCCGGAACAAGGGCUACAACCGGUCGCUGGACAUGUGGUCGGUGGGCGUGAUCGUGUACGUGUCGCUGUCCGGCACCUUCCCCUUCAACGAGGACGAGGACAUCGGCGAGCAGAUCCAGAACGCCGCCUUCAUGUACCCGCCGCAGCCCUGGCGCGAGAUCUCCGCGGAGGCGAUCGACCUGAUCAACAACCUCCUGCAAGUGAAGCAGCGCAAGCGGCUCAGCGUGGACAAGUCGCUCGCGCACGCGUGGCUCCAAACACAACAAGCAUGGGAAGACCUGAGGGCGUUAGAGCGAAGAGUGGGCAGGCGGUAUCUCACUCACCCGAGUGAUGACGCGCGCUGGGGGGAGGGAGACGGAGAAAGUCUAGACCCGUGACUCCAAGACAACCCGAAGCCCCGCGAGCGGGCGCGGUCGCGCGGCGGCUUCGUGCGCCUGCGCUGGAGGAAGCUGCUCGUGCGCGUGCGCGUGCGGUAACCACACACACACGCACACACAGUCACAAAGGAGUUACUCCUCCGUCUAUACCACUUGAAGCGCACACAAUAAGGAUCAAAACAGACGAAAAGAAAUCAUUUUAUAGAUACACGGGUAUCCUGUUUCCCUUAACAUUACUCCCCGUCGUGCUAAACACAUAACUCAGUCAUAAUGAUUACAGUAAUUACAAUGUGACACCAACCUCGAAAUCGAAGAUUUUUUUAAAUAAAGAUAACUUAUAAUAUUUUUGUCUGGGAGUAUGAUUAAGGGUGCAUAUCUGCUACGAAGAUAAACAAGCGAAACAGAUCCCUUAAAUAAAACCUCGAUUAACAUUUAAUACAUAAUUAACAUUAAGUAUGACCCCCAAACUGAGCUCUCAGCAUAUCAGUUAGCUAGAAAACAGAUUUUAUACUCUAGACACGUAUUUAAAGCUAAACUCAUGGCAGCAUUUUUGACAUUCGUAACUCGAAAUAAACCCCAUGGAAUGUACUUAUUUUGACUGUGUGUCAAGAAUACGAAUGUCAAAGGUUAUAUAGAGAAAUAUUAUAUACCUAACUGUAAUUUAUAUGUUUUAACUAAAUUAGUUUAAAAAAAGAUUAUUUAUAUUAAUUUAGUUGGCUUGCAUUGUUUUCAAUGCACCUUCCACUUUUGUGUACAAAUAUAUCGUAUACUUAGUCUUAUUACAUGUACACGACAUGGUUGCUGGGCACUGCCCAUCGACUGCAUAAAGGUAAUAAGCGCUUAUGUAAAAGCAGGACAAAACAUUGUUCAACAUAAUUCAUUCACUAUUUAUAAUAUAAUAACAUAUUUUAUGGAGAUUUUGAGAGCAAUGCAAGUAUACUAAUAAAAGAGCGUACGUUUUAUACCUCAACUAUAACAAUUCGUUUUAAAUUUUAAUGUCGGUUGUUAACUGCAUUCCGACAUAACUAGAUGUUUUAUUUUUAACCAUAGGAUUAAUCUUUAUUUUACUGAGUAAUCUAUUUAUAUGACUAAUAAUAAUAGUGACGUAAGUAUCAGUGUUGACGUAAGAACAAAGUUUUGUUGUGAACAAAUAGUUUAUGAAUAUUUUUACUCAAUUUAUUUUCUUUAACGAGUCAGGUGAAAGUGGACAAUUCCAAUGGCAUGUUGUUUUCGUAAAUCGCUGUUAUGGUCAAUUUGUUGAGUGUUUGCGUGUCGUAGUUCGCUGUCUCAGUCGGUUCUCGUCACUUGGACCUUAAUUAAUAGAUGGUGAGUCUCGCUGAGAUGGUGAAGUAACUUGUAAUAUGUCCUGAAAUAUUUUAAUUUGGACGUAUAUAGACCGAGUACCACCAUGUAACGGAGCGUAUUGUUGUUGCAUACACCCCAUAAAAUUUCAUAAAGUGGCUGUGCACUUUUGCAGUUCACUGUAUCUAUUGCACCGAUCAGCGCCAUCUAUAUUUUAUAGAUCAUACAUUUACAAUUUUGACAGCGUCUGUCGUUCUUGAUAGGUGCUGUCUUUUAAAACGAUGGUAGCAGCUCUAAAGAGGCUCCAAGUGAUUAGAACCGGCGUAUUCAUUAAUUCUCUUUGUGUACGUGUCGUCUUAUGGUCUAUGGUCUACUCUAACCUUCAUGUUUCUUCUCACUCUUUUAACUUAAGCCCUAUUUGUAAGGUCUAUUCUAUAUCUAAGACUCUAAUCUAUAGUUUUCUACGGAAGUAAUAAACACUACCAAUCUCCAAAAACCGUCGUAUAUUGAAUUGUACAAAAAACACUUGUAAAUUAAUAUUUCGUACAUUGACUCGUUCUUGCGGCACGGCCUUGUAUGUACGUGUAAUUUCGCCAUGAGUACGAUCGUUCACGAAUAAGUACAAACGAACGAUACGCAGCGGUCUUUGUUGCACCAAUACGGAAGAACGAUAGAGAGAGUUGAGUACCUACGAUACGCUACAGAGCUUGAACGAUUGUAUUCUUUGGCUGCGGGCCCAGGAGAUUAGUAGAGUUUAUUAUCAGUUAUCUGAUAUUGGAAAGAACUACGAGUUUUAGUGUAAGAGGCGCGGCCUCGCGAAGCAACGGCCUAACUCGACUUAACUUAGGUAAGAUUUAGUCAAUAGGGCUCGAGAGGACUUAGCGUCGAAUACAACUCUACUACAUUUUCUUGAAAAUAUUUAAUUGAACAGUACCCAGUCAUAAAAAGGACAUAACAUUUUAAAAUUGUACCUAUCUAAUAUCAAACUAUGAUCCAGGUUCUAUAGAGUGCCCUAAGCAACUUGAGAUUUGCUAAAACUAAGUGUGACAAGUCAUCAUGUACAUCAAAUUCAGUUUCUUGCCUAAGCGAAAUCUAGUUGAGUCGUACCUACCAUUCGACGUCAAAAGUUCAAACAGAGCAGCAACCCCGAGCAAAUAGAAAUGUAAGUUACAAGAACAACUUUAAUCAUAGCUGUCACCCAUUUUGGACAUAGGAAUAAAGUCGAGAAUACUACAUAUUUGAUCUUUCCGCACAGACUCUACAUUCAGAGUCUUUGGUCCAAAUAAAAGAAAUGGGAAAAUCUCGUUUCCUUUCGAACGUCUCAAACAGUCUCAAACUGUGCCAACGGGUUUGAAUUUAUAUUGGUCUCGAACACGAGUGAUAUAUAUUUGUAUAAUAUAGUAUAUUUUGGGAGUGUUUCCCGCGUACGAGUAAGCUGCGGUAGCGGGGCCCGGGGUACGGAGGGACCUUAUGUAGUAUACCUACGCGGCCGGCCUGAUGGAUUCUUAUUGUAUUGGACAUGCCUUUUUCGUUUUGUCCUCAUUUAAUCUAAAAACUUUUAAAUCUAACAUUCAAAACGAAACAGUUUUUUAACUAUAUCAUUAAAAAUGUUAGGUACAAAGUGUUAUUUUGGAAGGUGUCAAAUCAUUUUGAAGUUUUUAGGUGAAACGUAGUAUAAUAUCCUAUACUUUCUAUAAUAAGUACUUCUACCCGCUGUCGCUUUAUCACAAACUAACUUGUGCUGUCUAUUCUAUUACGAGUACUUGCGUAGUCAUUCCAACAACAUUUUUAUACUGUGAUUUUUUUUAUACAUUUUACUUUUUUUAUACAAACUUUGCAAUGCAAGCUUCCAUUUUCUGUGAUCUCUUGUAAGGACAUGUUUUGAUAAUUAAUUUAUACAUUUUAGAAUGUUGCGUAAGAGUAUUUUAAACUUUUAACUUUACAACUCUCUUAUAUUUUUUUGUUAUUUUUAUUAUAUACAUAUAAUAUAUGAUACAAUUAAGUGUUGACAUUGCCGUAGCAAACUACGUUAUAUUAUGUUACUUUAUCCGAGCUAUUUCACUAUGAGCUUUAGAUUACCUGCUAUUGUAUUAUUGUUUUAACAGACUAGGGGCCACUUGUGGGUUCCAGGGUUCGACAACUAACGUGCUGUCUUAUACAGGGUUAAACUGAAGAUAUCUACUGUGUAAAUAAACGGUAACGGUAUCUGAUUGACUUCACUAACCCUGGACCUCGCCAGGGCUCCAAAUAUUAUGAUUAAGUAUGUCAUUAAUCACACGCGUCCGGUCCAUCUUCCAGUUGAUACAUUUUAGUGCAAAGUUGCAAACACAUUUGGACCAACCCUACUGGAUCGUAACGUAAGUUAGUUAUAGUACGAUGUUUAAUGUUGUGUAAUUCAUUUUCAAUUAUUUAGUAAUAAGUUGUGUCGAAUUGUAUGGAAUUAAUUGUACCAGGUUAUAAAUUAUAUUUAUAAUGAUAAAAUGGUGUGAACGCUAUGCUUUCGCGCGGAGUUGGUGCGAUUCCCGUCAGGAUUCGUACGCGUUUCUAAUAUGGGUGCAUGAAACAUAAAAUCAAUGGAAACAGAUAUUUCUAAUUCUAAACGCAACUGCUAAAUGCGAAAAAGUCCGACCGACGGCGAUCAGUUUUUGGAACUAUCGAAAUGCUCAAACAUCUCUGAACACGCACUCCUGUGCCGUUACAGUAGAGGCGUAUUUAGAUAGUUCUUAAUAGAACUUUGUUCGCUAGAAUUUAUUCUAUAAGGACUGGGAAAGCUGUCAACACUGACGGCACUGACUGACGUCGUCGGACGGAACUUCGCAAUUUGGCUACAGUACGACUACCAUGAGCUGACCAGCCACAGCGUGAAAUCGGUCGCACUCCAUUGCACUGAUCGAGAGAAAAUGUGCUCGAGUUUGCGCACCCGCUCAUGUAAAUAUUAACUAAUGCUAGCCACGCAGAGGACCUUAUACCGCAGUGCCGACAACUAGCCAAAUAACGUGUCAAUUUAAGAUUAUCAUUUGAUUAGCUAUUAUAGAUUAUUAAAUAUAAUAUUUAUACUAGAAUAAAUCAUGGUAAUUCUGAGCAAAUCUUCGCGAAAACAUAGUGACUAGACUUUAACAUAAUAACACGCAUAAUAUUUUAUAUUUUAAUGGUACGGAUAAAUUAUUGCAAAUCGGUGAUUGUUGAACAAGGGUGAUUUGUGCGUCGCCAUGCGGGUUCAUCAUUAUUUCUAAAGUAGAAUUGACACUAAUUGCGAUAUUAUAUAACUAGAGCUAAGUGACAGUGUUGCCCCAAUUAUCUUUGUAAAAAAUGGAAUAGGUACACUAUGUCCCUCACUUAUACUACAUACAUAUACAUAUAUACCUAAGUAAGACUACUGGAAAGUUCGUUAAAAUUCAACAAGAAAUCAGAAAUAUAAUAAUAAUAAAUGUUAUGUUACCUCCAUAAAAGUAACAUAUUGGUCAUAAUAACAAAAUACAAGCAUACAUUAUACAAGCUCGUUAUUCUGAAGAGAUUGGGGAUCACUGCUGACAUUGGUUGCAGUCGUAAGGUUUUGCGCGGCGCACAGAGCGCCCCUUGAUGUUGUAGGCUAAGCGGUUAUUUGUGAGAGCGAUUUACAAAUGUGUUACAUUACAUAUGAAAUAAUAAAUGCCGUUUUGGAUA